UAAACAGUGUUCUACACCUGUUACAAUCUAGGACUUGUUAGUGACCGUGAUCAUGUCGAACAUGUUGCGUGUUGCGGGGACACUUUUCCCUACAGACGUGCAAUGCCGGAGGUUUGUAAAGUGUAACAGGUAUGACCUGGCCGAGACGGGGUACGGCCGCGCCCUUCUGGCCGCCAUGUCUGAUAUGGACAGGCUGCAGGAAGUGGAGGUACUGAAGAGCCUGGGAGACUUGAACGUGGAGAAAGGAAGACUCCACAAGACCGAAGCUUCACAGAACUUGGAGCGGGGCCUGAACCUGUACAGAGCCACGCUGCUCCGUUGUGAGGACCCGGGGGAAGGCGAGUCUCUCCAACAUAGGGUCAAACUCGCCGAAAAACUCAGACAGAAAGCUCCUAUAGCAGGAUCAACCAGGAGCAAAAGCAUUAAUUCCGUCUUGAGAAUAUCAGAAAUCUUUCAAGAUUUGGAUAAGAAAUCGGCUAACGGUGGCCAUAUGGACUCCAUCUUAGAGGGCUACACCAAGAUUCUUGUAGAAGGAAUAGGGGAGACGAACAACCUGUUGGAAGUAGAGGCUAUAAAAAGUCUCGGAGACGUGAACCUUACUAGAGGAAAAGACCUAAAGGAGUCCAGGCACUUGACCAAGGCUACAGCUCUAUACAGCACUGCCCUGGAGCGAUGUGGCGAUCAGCAUGGGAAAACCGUCCUCACACAUCGCUUACUUUAUGCAGCAAAAAUCAGGAAGAGCAUACUGGAAGUAAAGAAACGGAAGCAACAAGAAGCUAGAAAAUCCAGGAAUUGGAAGGUCAAUAUGUCUGCUACCACAGCAAGUCUAGUAAACAAUGGCGUUAUCAAUAAAAGAUUUGGAGAAGGGAUGGGUGUGGAAGAGACAAGCACAACACAGGAAGACACCAACAGUGUGUACACAGACCAGCUGCAGGAGGGCUGCAGGGCUCUGCAAGCAGGAGAGCUGGGAUCAGCAGAACGGAACUUUGCAGCUGCGCUCAAGGCCGUCCAUGUCAAAGACCAAUAUCAAAAAGAGGCGGAGCCCAUGUGCAGGCUAAGUGAUGUCUACCUACAAAGAGGAAUCCAGUCGAAAGACGGGAGUGACUUCACCAAGGCUGCAGCACUUCGUAAUGCCGCACUGGUCAGAGCAAGGACAGAAGACAGAGGGACCAUCAAACAAACGAUGCUACAAGUUAGUCAGUUAUUUUUUGAGCACGUACUGGGGAUCAAACAAGUUGUGGAUAACAGUGAUACAGAGACACACAAAUUGACACUGAAGAAGAAUCGGAAGUAUGUAGAAGAAGAGAUGAAACAAAUCGAGCAGGAGAUCGAUCCUUAUAGUCUUGAUGACGAUGAUAAAAAGACACGAGAAGUGGAGAAGCAGAGAGCGGAAGCAAUUUUUACAUUAUUCCAAACAAUCGUUAAACAGAGAAAAACAUUCAUUGUUGGCCUUGUAGGUGAAUGUAUGGAGGUAAUUGGUCCCCCUCCCUGUAAGUAUGCAAUGGUAGGCAUGGGUUCACAGGCCACAGGGUUAGCAACCCCGUACUCUGAUCUGGAGUUCGCCAUCCUGAUAGAGGAGGAAACAGAGAGUAACGUCGAGUAUUUCCGCAACCUUACUCACUAUCUGCAUCUCAAAGUGAUUAACCUGGGAGAAACCAUUCUCCCGUCCAUGGCGAUCAAGAGUCUCACUGACUUUUCCAAUGACCCACCUGACAGCUGGUUCUACGACUCUGUAACGCCGCGCGGGUUCGCGUUCGACGGAGCCAUGCCGCACGCAUGCAAGACUCCUCUGGGAAGGGGCAAAACAGCUGAACUUAUCCACACACCAAGUGGGAUGACCAGAAUCAUGCAAGACGACUUGACUUUGCAUUUAAAGAAAGGCUACCAUCUCUUGAGCAUAUUGGGGAAUGUGUGUUUGAUCACAGGAGAGCAGGAGUUGGUCGAUGUGUAUUUGAACUUGUGGACUCAGCAACUCCAGCGUAGUAAAGGGGCAAUAUCUCUUUUACAGGGAUUAAGUAUAAUGGCCGAUGAUACAAAUAUACAAACUCUUUCACCAGAUGAUCCAACAUCUGGUUUGCUAGAUGUGAAGAAAGAGAUCUAUCGAUUUUCGACCCUUGCAGUGUCGUGUUGGGCGCUACUCUGUGGUAUACAACCUACCACAAUAUGGGAAACUAUCCGGAAGAUGAACAUGAACGGAGUCAUCGACAGUGAAAACGCACAUCACUUAACGGUGCUGGUCAGCAUCUCAGCAGAAAUGAGGCUGCGGACAUACUUGAACAACCGUGGUCAGGUGGAAAACAUGUCCGCCUUAUUGUCCAUGUCUUCUAACACAGAUAUGGGGGACAGGUUAAAGAAAGUGUUUUACUUCUCCAAUACAAAACAACUGAUGAGGUACCAUUAUACCGCUCGACCAUUAAAAGCCUUAAUUCUAGAACUUAUCAAUAUGCAUGUGAUACGACCUCCUGUUCUGUUUGACAAUUCACCAGAGAUACAAGCAGGGGUAUAUAAAAGUCUGUGUGAGUACGAAAAGGCAAAGUCAUGCCUAAAACGAGUACUAGAGGUUAAGGUUUCGAAGUGUAUCUAUGGUGAGAACGCUCGACAUCCUGACAUCGCCCUGUCACUUAACAACUUGGGUACAGCCUUGAGUGACCUUGGUGAUCACAAAAACGCCGUCACCUGUUAUGAACAUUCACUACAGAUGAGGCAGAGUAUAUAUGGUGAGAACGCUGUGCAUCUUUACAUCGCCGCUUCAUUUAACAACUUGGGCAACACAUGGGGUAGUCUUGGUGAUUACAGAAAGGCCGUCAGCUAUCAUGAACAGUCACUAAAGAUAAGACGGAAAAUCCAUGGUGAGGAAACUGCAGAUCCUGGCAUCGCCAUGUCACUUAACAACUUGGGCCGUGCCUGGAGUGACCUUGGUGAUCACAGAAAGGCCGUCAACUAUUAUGAGCAGUCACUUCGGAUGAAGCGGAAAGUCCAUGGUCAGGAAACUGCACAUCCUAGCAUCGUCUCGUCACUGAUCAACUUGGGUACUGCCUGGAGUGACCUUGGCGAUCCCAGAAAGGCCGUCGGCUAUUAUGAACAGGCUCUGAAGAUGAGCCGGAAAAUUCAUGGUGAGGAAACUGCACAUCCUGACAUCGCCUCCACACUUACAAACCUGGGUGUUGGCUGGGAUAACCUUGGUAACCACAGAAAGGCCGUCAUCUAUUUUGAACAGUCACUACAGAUGAUGCAGAGUAUCCAUGGUAGGAACACUGCUCAUCCCGACAUUAUCUCGUUACUUAACAACUUGGGUGCUGUUUGGAAGGACCUUGGUGAUCACAGAAAGGCCGUCAACUAUUACGAACAGGCACUAGAGAUGAGGCGGAGAAUCCAUGGUAAGAACACGGUACAUCCUGACAUCGUCGCGUCACUUGACAAAUUGGGUACCGCCUGGGAUAAGCUUUGUGAUCACAAAAAGCCAGUCAUCUAUUACGAACAGUCACUACAGAUGAGGCAGAGAAUCCAUAAUAAGAACACUGCACAUCCUGACAUCGCCAACUCACUUAUCAACUUGGGUAGCGCCUGGGGGGCUCUUGGCGAGUACAGAAAGACGAUCACAUAUUUUGGGCAGGUAUUACAGAUUCUCCGGAGUAUGAACGAUGAAAAACAUCCUGACGUUGUAAAGACAAUUAACAGGCUGAGAAUGGCUUGUAGACUCCUUGGCGAUCACCUAAAGGAUACCGACUAUCAUGAAUAG